CAGCCAACCCCCCGGUCCGUCGCUCUCACGCUCUUCGUGCCCGCCGCCUCCCCCGCCCCAUGGCUUCCAUCGCCGGAUCCGCCCUCUCCUUCGCCAGGCCCGUCAAGGCAAUCAGCACGAACUCGCUGUCUUUCUCCAGUGCAACGAGGGGCAAUGCAUUUCUCCGCCUUCAGCCAGUGCCCAUGAGAUUCGCAGUUUGCUGCUCGGCAAAAAAGGAAACAGUGGACAAGGUUUGUGACAUCGUCAAGAAGCAGCUUGCUGUUCCAGAAGGCACUGAAGUUGUCGGUGCCACCAAGUUCUCUGACCUUGGAGCAGAUUCACUCGACACGGUCGAGAUCGUGAUGGGCCUCGAGGAGGAGUUUGAAAUCAGCGUGGAGGAGUCGAGCGCACAGGCGAUCGCGACAGUUGAAGAUGCUGCCACGCUCAUCGACAAGCUUGUCUCCGCAAAGUGCGCUUAAGGA